AUGGAUGAAAACCAAGCCGUCCAGUAUUUGGAAUCCUUGAUUGGCCAAACACUGCGAGUCCAUGCGACAGACACGCGCAUUUUCGUGGGCGCUUUCAAGUGUACAGAUUCGGCGCGAAAUAUUAUCCUCGCGAGCACAUACGAAUAUCGCUUUCCUAGCCCCUCAGCAGUUCGAGAUGCUGCCACUGACGCAGAAAACCAAGACUCCGCGAUAGGCGCAGCAUCCCAGAAUGUCAGAGUGAAUAUGACAAGUCGAUUUAUUGGUCUUGUGGUCGUGCCUGGUCAGCAUAUCACGAAGAUCGAGUUGGAGGAGACCCCUCAGCAGAGUCGCGUGCGGGAAACGCUCAAAAAAUCAUAG